AUGAUUUCUCUCAUAACUCCUUUUAUAUUCGUUAAAAGUUUUAUAUCAUUUUCAUCAUCUGAUUUGCAAAUUAGUCUACAUAAUGACCUUAUUGUUACAUCUGUAAAUGGAGAAAUUUUAAACACAAUUAAGCAAAUGGAUUUAAUAUUGAGAUUUUCUUCUUUUGGAGGACGUAAUGGAAAUGGAGGAUUAACAAGGGUAUUAUCAGUUUACCAAAAUAGUGUACCAUUGCUUAAUAAUAGUAUUUUUAUUGAUUUUCGUAGAAACGACAAUUUUUCUGCAAGGAAAUCAAUUCAACAAGUUAUGAAAUUCAUGGGAUUAACUGAAGAAAUGAUUAAUUCUGAUGAAUGUGUCAAUGAAUUUAUACUUGCUAUUCAUUUUCAAGGAAUUGUUCUUACAUUGCCUGGGGCUGCCGUUGAAGGAGAUGUGUUCACUGUUAAAUAG